UUUUGCAAAAUUUCAAUCAAAAUUUGUGAGCAUUUUUGAUAAAUGCCGAACAUUCUUUGAAAUCUGAAAAAUAUUCGAAACUGAAAAAGGAAACGUAAAAAAAAACUGCCGCAAGAAUUGGGCCGGUCCAUUAGCGCUCGCUUCAGGUCUCCCUUCCCUCCGGCAUAAGACCACAGCUGGGCACUCUGGACUGGACAGCGGACACGGAGGAGGCAGGCCACCGGCGGCGAGGGUUAGGUUAGGCGGGAAAAUGCUGCGUCUAGUCUCCGGCCAACCCCGCCCCCGCCCUCUGCCCCCGGUGCGGCGACAGGGACUGCCUCCCUGGCCCCUGCCCGGCCAACUCACACCCCUCUCUUACCCUGUUCGCCGCGAAGCAGACCCCCGGUCAGCGGCGCCGACUUCGAGGUAAGCCAGCAAACCCGCUCCUCUUCGUGUCGUUGGUAGGACUUGGGUGACAAUAUGAAACUACUGAAUCUGAACCCAAGUAAGCCCGAUCUGUUGUUCUCUGAAUCCACGAGCUCGACCUUAUUCAGGAGUUAAGCAUCCUACAAAUCGUUGCCAUCUUGAGCUGCUGCUGACUUCGACUGCCAUGGCAAAUUACCAGUAGUUGAUUUGAUUUGUUGUUGCUUCAUUCCAGUGACAAAACAAAACGUGUCCUGUGCCCAACUUGCGGUCAAACUAGACGUUACCUCGAGGAAAUUCAGGCGCAAAUAUGUGCAGGAAAGAUGCUAUCCAUCUCGUUUAUGUAUCGGGGUCAACUACUUUCAGUGAGUGGGGACACUUUCCAAGAAAAGAAAUGGACAUCCUCUUUUUGUAUUCGUUUGCAACCGCUGACCCUGAACAGUGAACCAAAUUCAGCAUCUUCAGUUGCUCAUUUUGUAUAGCUUCACCUGCUAACAAUGCCUGCCACUGUCAGCAUCAAGUAUCAUGAAUUCAUGAUUAAUUAUUGGCAACAAGGAUCCCAUGUUAUCUACCACUAUUUAACAAGUUUCAGUUGUUUGCAGUGACAGAUUGUAUCAUUUUAUUAUACUAAAAAGAUGCUUCCUGCUGCCUUCCUCGACUUGCUCAACUUGAGUUGUCCUCCAAAGUUUAGCUUAACAAAUCUCAAGAAUCGGUAAGAGCAAUUAUUGGGUUGGUAAGAGAAGCAAGAGCAGUGCUGACCAGCCACAAGGUGCGUAUGUAAGUCUAAAGGGCAUGAUGAUUGCACGAGCUUUUGCUGGUUCUUGCGGCCGGGCUUCAACAACGAGACUAGCGUUCCCCCAGAUCUGGCCGGAUCUCCAUCGACUAAUAGGCAGGGACAGGCCAGUAGGUGGUUGUUCUUUGGUUCUGUAAUAAAAGGAACAGCAAGGACACCUCAACUUGAAGAUCAAAGGCAGCUACUUUGUCAUCAACAACAAACUCCCAGUCAUCAGUCAUACCUGGGCUCCAUGAGUGUUCAGCAUCUCCAUGAUUAAGAUUCAAUGGCCACAAGAUCAGUAAAGCCAUCCGGUCUCCCUUUUCGCUAGGAUCCAUGAGCUUUAUCCCAAUGGUUUCAGAUUCAGAAGUGCAAAAGGAAGUCACUAAGAUCGAACGGAUCUAAGGCAUCACGAGCACCGUAAGCACAAAAACUGUAUCUUCUGGAAGAAGGAGGCGCUUCUUAAUUGUGAUACCACCAAGGUCGGACGAACUGGCAGUGGCCGUUCUAACGGUAUUGAGAAAAAUAGACAACUAGGCUACCACCCAACAGUGAGACAUUUGCAGUUCUUAUAAAGUCAUGGAAGAUAUUGUGAUUCUUCUAGCCAUCAAGAAGAUUGGAAUUGCCUUGGCAAAAGUAGCGACACACCAGGCCAGCGCAAAGUUUGCGAAGUACGGGACCCAACUACUAGAGCUUCAAGGCAGCAUGGAUCGUCAUGUGAGGGAGCUUCGUGUGAUGCAUGAUGUUCUCUGCCAAAGUGCCAUCCGAAACCCCAAUGAUGCAAUAUAUGAGAGCUGGUUGGAGGGGGUACGAAAGGUAGCACAUAAUAUGGAGGACAUGGUCGAUGAGUACUUGCAUCUUGUUGGUCACGCACAUGAUAUAGGAUGUUGCUUUUACCUGAAGAAAGGGUUAAAGAAACCAAGAUCUCUGCUUGCUCUGAAGUGCAUAGCUUUCACUUUGAAGGAAAUAGAGAAAGACCUUUCACACUUGUCGGAGACAAGAAGACAUUGGGUUCCUUUGAUAAACAGCGGGGAUUAUAGCAACUCAAAUCACAUUCUCAAGAGGUCCCAAGAUCUAGCAAACAUUUCACGUUCCCUUGAUGAAGAAGAUCUCGUAGGUGUGGAUGAAAACAGAGAAAAACUUCAGAAGUUGUUGGCAAGUGAUAUUUUGGAACGCUCUGUGAUAGCGCUGCUUGGAAUGGGAGGGCUUGGUAAAACAGCUUUAGCUGCAAAUGUCUACAGGAAGGAGAUGAAGAAUUUCCAAUGCCAUGCCUGGGUCUCCAUCUCCCAAACUUAUUCUAAAGAAGAUGUCUUGAGGAAUAUAAUCAAGGAACUUUCUGGAGAUAAAGUCAACACUGUGGACAUGGAAAUCACAUGCGUUGAAGAGACACUCAAGAAAUUUCUGAAGAAACGAAAGUAUUUGAUCAUUUUGGAUGAUGUUUGGACUCCAGAAGCAUUUACUUAUUUGUCUGGGGUGCUUAUUCAUAAUGAUAAGGGCAGUCGACUCCUAAUCACAACAAGGGAAAAGUGUGUUGCUGAACUUGCCUCGAGUGGACAUACCUUAACAGUGCAAGCUUUACCAGAUGACAAGGCAUUGGAUCUCUUUUGUAAGAAAGCCUUUCCAAGUAGUGGCUCGCCGAGCAACAAAGCAAGGGAGGGACUCCCUGGUUACUUUGACCGGAUUGGUGAUACAUAUCAUGAAUUUCCUGCGGAGUUGAAGCCUUUGGCCGUGGACAUAGUUAGCAAGUGCAAAAGCUUGCCACUUCUCAUUGUGUUAGUUGGUGGUCUUUUCCGUGUAUGUGACAAAACUGUGAAAGGAUGGAACAAAAUGAAAGCCCAGCUGAGUUGGGAGUUGAUUAAUAAUUCGAGUCUCGAUCAUAUAAGGAAUGUGUUGCAUCUGAGCUUCAUCUACUUGCCAACACACUUGAAAAGUUGUUUCCUGUACUGCAGCUUGUUUCCAGAAGACUAUAUUUUCAGAAGAAAGCAGCUUGUACGGUUAUGGAUAGCCGAAGGGUUCAUCGAGGAGAGGGGUGAAAGCACAGUAGAAGAAGUGGCAGAAGGCUAUCUGAAUGAGUUGAUUGAUAGAAGCAUGCUGCAACUUGUUGACAGGAACAUUGAUGGUAGGAUCAAAAAAAUCAGAAUGCAUGAUAUCUUACGUGAAUUGGCAGUUGACUUGUGCAAGAAGAACUGCUUUGGUGCUACAUAUGAGAAUAAGCGUGGGCAGUCUCUUGAGACGGAUGUGCGAAGACUGGUAGUGCACAAACUAAAGGAGGAUAUUCAUCAGUCAUUUCUUAGCAUACACCGACUACGAACUGUCAUUACACUAGACAAUAGCAUGCCAUCGUCCACUCUACUACCUGUGCUAUGUAAGAAGUCAAGAUACAUGACAGUGCUAGAAUUAAGUGGUCUGCCCAUCGAGAAAAUUCCAGAUGCCAUUGGAGAUCUCUUUAACCUUCGCUAUUUGGGUUUGCGUAAUUCAAAAGUUAAGAUGCUCCCAAAGUCUGUUAAGAAGCUUUCAAAUUUGUUGACACUAGACCUUUUUGGAUGUGACAUACCUGAGUUACCUAGAGGGAUUAUGAAACUGAAGAAGCUUAAACACUUAUUUGCUGAGAAAAUAAUUGAUCCACAUUGGAGAGAGUUAGCAUGUUGCAGUGGUAUUCGUAUCCCCAAUGGUUUUGGAAAUCUAACAAAUCUGCAGACGCUACAGGCAUUGGAAGCAUGUGAGGACUCUGUUAGAUAUUUAAGAGAGUUGACACAACUGAGAAGACUGAGGUUGUGGAAUGUGAAGGGAAUAAAUUUUGAGCCCAUCCUUGACUCUCUAGCUCAGAUGCAGUAUUUGUCGUUUCUAGAGGUGAAUGCAAGUGAUGUGGAUGAGGUGCUUUCAUUUAAUGCCCCCCUGCCAAUGCCAAACCUGCAAAAGCUACAUUUGGGAGGAGGACUAGCGGCAGGGGCGUUGGAUGAGCUCUUCAAAGGUGAUAUGGAGAAGACGUUGUAUUCAUUGAUUCUACGCUGGUCCAAGCUGACAGAAGACCCCCUGCUAUCCCUUUCUCGGCUGUCAAACUUGCAGUACCUAAAUUUCAGCGGAGCAUACAACGGAAAGAAGCUGAGGUUUCGUGAGAGGUGGUUUCCCAAGCUAAAGGUUCUUUAUCUAGGCGAUCUGCCUCGUCUGAGUCAGCUAAAGAUAGACCAAGGUACCAUGGUGUGCCUGGAAAAAUUGUAUUUAACCAACCUGAAACGCAUGAUGGAGGUUCCAACUGGCAUUCAGUUCCUCUCGACCCUCCAAUAUCUUGAAUUUGGUGAAAUCACCGCUGACUUCUUGGUGUUACUGCAACGAUUUCCCGCAAUCAAAGAUAAAUGCUGGCAGCAUACUCUCCGAGUUUGACCUGCCACACUGGCUGAGAAAUGUGUGCGUACAUACAUAAGGUCAAUGCCGAAAGGAAGAUGCUUGAUUGUUUGGGCAUCAUGCAGAUUCGAGCAAAUCGGUUAAGGCGUCGAUGCAUCAAGAUCUAUAUCCAGUACUAGUACAAGUUUGUGCCACAGCUGAUAUCUACUACUCUACACAUGUCAUGGUUCCCGCUGAUACCUUCAUUGUUUGCUGCUACUUCCACCCCCACCUAUGGCUAAGAAACGGCCCUCUUCACUUCUCCUGCUACUGCUGCGUGUUCUUUUUUAGCAUAAUACUACUGUGCCUCAUGACUGCUGCGCUUGUGUUUACUACUGCUGCUACUCUUGUCGGUGCUGAUUUUGCUUGUAAAGUGUGCUUUUCCAAUUGUGGCUUUGACACUUACUGUAAGACUGAGACUGGAUUGUGUUUUCAUAUUCAGAUUCGUUUUCGUCCUAA